AUGCGUGGAAUAACCUUUCACAAGUUUCCCAAAGAGAAGGAGUUGAGGAGGCAGUGGGAAUUUGCUGUUAGAAGGGAACAUUUUUCCGCCAGUGACUACUCCGUGCUCUGCAGUGAGCACUUUAAGCUGGAUGACUUUGACAGGACAGGUCAGAUUGCCAGGAUUAGGGAUGGCGCUAAACCAACAGUCUUCAUUUUCCAAAGACUAGGUGUAUCACUAGGCUAUAAGGAGUUGAGAGAACACCCCUAUGCAAUGCCUGCAUCUCCCACUGGUCUGAAGACUAGACUCAGUGAAGCCUUGGCUAGGGUGGAGAGUCUGGAGCGAGAUAGGAGGAACACUAAGGUACGAGAACGGAGGGCAAAAAAAACGGUGCAUGGUCUUCUGGAGGAUCUCAGGGGGAAGAACCUCAUAAAUGAAGAGCUGAAAGAAAGGCUUGAUUUUUACUCAGGUAAAAUUAAACUUUGAACUUCAUGCAUAUCUUAGGGGUGUACGCAACAGAGGAUUAAUACAGAGUAUUAUUAA